ACCUGACACACCGAGUGACUUUCGGGCGGCAGACGUAAGUUAUGACGUCAUCAAAGUCAUGUGGAUAUCAGGGUUUAACGGCGGAAAUGCCCAACUAUUCCACAUAGAGACCCGGACGACUGGAAAUGAAUGGUCACCAUAUAAAUUGGAUAUUGAGGAUGAAGGCCAGGGGAAGCUGAUGGCUCAUACACUUGGCAAUCUCACUUCUUCUACAGAUUACACCAUCAGACUGAAUGUGUCCAACAAAAUUGGAUUAGGAAAUUCCUCCGUGAUCGAGGUCCGCACUUUGGAGAAACCAUCGCCAAUCAGCGCCGGAUCAGACUCGACAGUCAUUGUAGUUGUGGUAGUCUUGACUCUCAUUCUGGUGGCAACAGCAGGGAUAGUGCUAGUCAUGAUGAGACGAAGAAAUCAGGGUGGCACUGCCAAAAACAAUGUUGUUACCGCAAAUAAUGAGUAUGCUGUUGCAUCAGGAGGUGACGCUGCUAGAAAGAAUGUUGUGCCAGCAGACAAUGAGAACAAUGAGUACGCUGUUGUGUUUAAACCACCAAAAGGCGCUGCCAAAAAUACCGCUUUGAACACAGAUACUGAAAAUGAGUAUGCUGUUGUAACCAAACCAUCCAAAGGUCAGAAACAGAAUCACAAGCACGGUGGGUCAGUACCACGAUCCCAGCCAGGGCCAUCAUUACAGGAACCCCAACCAGGGCCCUCAUCACAGGAACCCCAACCAGGGCCUUCAAGGACUGUCAAUCAGGAUGGACUGAUCUACCUUGACGUCGAAUUCAAACCUCAGCCUGGUGGAGGAGGAAGAGGUGUCAUUCAUGGGGCAGAUGACAGAACCGAAUAUACUUUUGUUGACUUUUCAAAGACUGCGCCCAACUCCAGUUAAAGACGACAAAAAAAAACGCACCAGGACCUCAUAGCCGAAAUAUUUCUUCAUCAUUUUAUGCCUUAAAAGGAGUUAGCUGCCCUAACUACACAUUUCUUAACUAUGUUGCCAAAAGUUAUCUCUAAGUGAACAUCUGUAUUAGAUAUCAAUCGUAAUUUACAUCCGCAAAAGUGAUAUCUACCCUAUUUACACCUGUAUAAGAGUUACCCUCCCUAUUUACACCUGUAUAAGUGAUAUCAACCCUAUUUAUACACCUGUAUAAGAGAUACCCUCCCUAUUGACACCUGUAGAAGAGAUAUCCGUCCUUGAUACACCUGUAUAAGAGAUAUCCACACUUUUUACACCUGUAUAAGAGAUAUCCACACUUUUUACACCUGUAGAAGAGAUAUCCACACUUUUUACACCUGUAGAAGAGAUAUCCACCCUAUUUACACCUGUAAAAGAGCUAUCCACCCUAUUUACACCUGUAUAAGAGAUAUCCACACUUUUUACACCUGUAUAAGAGAUAUCCACCCUUUUUACACCUGUAUAAG